UACGCUCAAAAUCACAAACUAAUUCGACUCUCGGCACGUAAAUCUUAAGAGAACCGGAAGAAAAGCCUCCCGCCUCAACACUAACCUCUGGUUUGGUUCGCAGGACUUUCUCUUUUCCUCCCAGGACCCUUCAGACCUGUCGCACACGCUGUGAUUUUCAGCAGCGAGCGCCGGGUUUUCUACACAUUUCGUCUCCCAAAAUACAUAAAAUCGCUUCACAUAAACUAUAAAUGUGUCAUUUCCGUUAGCAGAGGCAUGUUGGAGCAUAACACGGGUGAAAAUAUUGCGCUAGUGCCGUUCGUUGGACCGGUACCGGGGAGGUUUUUGCUGGCAGUAAACACACGGACGCUGUCGUAUUUGGUGUUCACCAGAAGCAGCCGGUUAAAACGGAUCAACAAAUGAGGCUUUUCUGUUCUGGGGACGACUGUGGAGCCUGGAGCAGAAAUGGCGGCUCUUCGCGGCUUCAGGGAGUUUCUGACGCAGCGGCUGGCGGCGGCCGGGGAGGAAGUGCUUUCUGCGUGUGAAGACACCGUGGUUCGGUGUGAGGAGCAGAGCCGCCUUCAGCAGAAGAUGAUCGAUGUUAUGAAGUCCGAGUUUGAUGCGCACAGAGCAGACCUCCGGCAACAACGUGACAUUAAAGAAGAAGAAGAAGAGAAGUUUGUGCCUGAUGAGCAGCUUUCUAACGAGGAGAGGAGUUCCACUUCUGAUGAGAAGAUUAAAAAAGAGGAGGAGGAUUAUCCAGAGGCAACAGCCAUUAAGGAGGAAGACCAGGAAGAGCCCUGCACCAGCAAACAGGGAGAGCAGGUGCAGCUGAAGCGUGUGGAGAGUCAGUCUGCUCCAGAGUCUCUGAAACGCGACGCCUCCAGCAAGAAGAACCUCUGCAGGGCGAAGGCCAGUUUCUGCCACAUUUGUGGCCAGGCUCUGACGAAGCUCGGUUUGGAUCGCCACAUGAGGACUCACACGGGCAGGAAGCCGCUUUCCUGCAAAAGCUGUGGACAAAUCUUCCGGCUCCGUCUGUCUUUGGAAGUCCACAUGAGGACCCACGCCGGGACGAAGGCGCACGCUUGCAAGACGUGCGGGAAAACGUUCAGACGAAGCGACCAUCUUGAACUCCACACGAGAACCCACGGCGACAAGAAGCUGUACCUCUGCAACGUCUGCGGAAAAAGCGUCGCCGACCCGUCGGCUUUCAGGAGGCACAUGACCAUCCACACGGACGAGAAACCGCACUCCUGCAAAAUCUGCGGUGAGAAGUUCAAACACAGCAACACCCUGCUGUGCCACCGGAGGGCGCACUCGGGCGAGCGGCCGUACGUCUGCCGCUUGUGCGGCAACAAGUUCGUCAACGCCUCGAAGCUGAACCGACACACGAUGUCGCACAAGGGCGACAAACCUCACGCCUGCGAGCACUGCGGGAAGAGAUUCAUCCGCCUGCACCAGAUGAAGGAUCACGUGAGGAGGCACACCGGGGAGAAACCGUUCGACUGCCACACGUGUGGGAGAAAAUUCAUCAGCAGCACCGAACUGAGAGCUCACACCAAAACCCACACAGGUGAGACAUCGCGGCCAUAGACAAGCUGCGGUCGCUUUGUUGAGAAGGUUUGGAUCAGAAACACAAACUUUGGGCCAAUAUCGCCAUAAAAACAUGUUUCUUUGUUUUCACCACCAGUAAAACGGCUGAUCUGAUGCUUUAGAACCUGGAAGUAAAUCUUUACUGGGUUUAUAAAGAAUCAUUAACACAAUUAUCCUCUAAUAAUGACAUUCAGUCCCAGAUUUAGUGAACCAUUAUGGGUUUUACUAAGAUUUCUCUGUAGUUUCUUUUUUUUUUCAAUGGAAUGAUAAAGAAUAUUAUGAUUAUUAAUAUUAUUAAAAUGCUGCCGCUUUUGGUUUGCGUCAAAUUGAAAAAUGUCCAUCCUGAGCCUUUUUAUUUUGACAGAGCCAAACAAACCUUAGUUCUUUCUGCCAAUCACUCCGUUUUGAUGUUGAUCUUCUUUUCUGAAAUUAAUUCAAAUGAUUUUUUUCCUGAGGUUAACCAGGAGACAUCAUAGACUCAGUUUCAUCAAGAACUAAAUAAUCUAACAAUGAUUUCUGUUAUUUACAAGAGUCUGCUUGCUGCAUAUUAUUUAUGCAAAAUAAAAAUAAAAAAACACGUUAAAAAUCAGUUUGUUUUUUAAAGGUUUUAUUGGCUCUAGUUUCCUUUAUUUGAUAGUGAAUUUACAAUAAAGUGGGUAAUGAGAGAAGGGGGAAGACAAGGGGCAAAGGUCACCAGGCCGGGAGUCGACCGUUGAUAUGUGGGUCGUGCUCAACCUCUGCACCAUCACAGCACAACAGUUUGGGAUUUUUAAAGCUGGAUUCAGUCUUCUUGAUUGCUUGAAAAUGUAAAUGUACAGAAACUGAUUCCACUUAAUUUCUUUUGUUAGAUAUCCAAUAUAUUCCUUAUCAAUUCAAUUGUGCUUAUUUCCUAAUCUUUAAUAUUUAAUCAUUGAUGUUUUAUUGAUUGUUUUGACAAAAAACCCACAGAAUCAAUACAUUUAUCUCAAACUGUGUUAGAUCCUCCUACACUGAUUUUUUUCUCCAAUUUUCCAUAAAUAACGAUCAGAUUUAUUCCAGAUAUUUGUAUGUUAAUGUUAUAAAAUGGAGAACCAAUAAACAGUUUGAGUCCUAA